AUUGCGCCUGCGCACGGAGUGGUGCAUUUCGGGACAUGUAGUUUUCCCCGGCAGGACGGUGGAAGUCGUGGUUUGUGUGCGGCCUGGCGCGGAAGGCUGAGCCACCGGGAUCAAUCAGACCUUCCAGCUCCCUGGACUUGACCUUCCAGCUGCCUCUCAUGUACUUGUCUGUUGGGGGUUUGUGUUGAUCAGGAGUGAAUUCACAGUCUACCAUGAACUGGAAGGUUCUUGAGCACGUGCCCCUGCUGCUGUAUAUCUUGGCAGCAAAAACAUUAAUUCUUUGCCUGGCAUUUGCUGGAGUGAAAAUAUACCAAAGAAAAAGAUUGGAAGCAAAACAACAAAAACUGGAGGCUGAAAGGAAGAAGCAAUCAGAGAAAAAAGAUAACUGAAGAUUCUGCCAUGUAAAUGUCAGCUUGAGUGGACUCCAGCUGAGAAGAAAGAGAAGAAAUACUUAAUUAUUGAAUACAUUGUCAGAGGAUAAACUCCCAACCUAGACCUUGCACUUACAAUAGUGUGAAUUUGUCCAUGUUUUUAAAAGAACCAGUCCUGGCCGGGUAUGCCGGCUCUUACCUGAAACCCCAGCACUUAGGGAGGCCAAGGCAAGUGGAUCGCCUGAGGUCGGGAGUCUGAGACCAGUCUGGCCAACAUGGUAAAACCCUAUCUCUACUAAAAAUACAAAAAUUAGCCGGGUAUAGUGGUGCACAUCUGUAAUCCCAGCUACUCAGGAGGCUGAGGCAGGAAUUCUCUGCUUGAACCCGGGAGGUGGAGGUUGCUGUGAGCCUAGAUUGCACCACUGCACUCCAGUCUGGGCAACAGAGCAAGACUCUGUCUCAAAAAAAAAAAAAAAAUUAAAAUUGAAAUUAGAAAAAUAAAUAAAAGAACCAGUAUUUUGUUUACUAAAAUAAAAUGCCUUUGUAAAAAAAGGUGUCGUGGCCUUUGGAAUAAGUCAAAUUGUAUAUCUCUUUCUCCUACACAGCACCCUCCACCCCAUGUUGUAAAGGGGGGUGGUUUGUAAACCCACAGCUCCCCCGCCAUCUCAAGCUGGGAGUUCCCAGGUGAGAGGCUUCCACAGAGGACAAGGUGGUGCAGAAACAUCUGCUGUGGAGGUGGGGUCCCCAGCACUGGGUGCCUCGGCCAGCUACCCCCGACCCCAGGCCCCCUCAUAGGCUGCCCUCCGUACCCUCCUUUCUCCUCUUUUCCUCCUACAGGUGCCAGACCCCUGUGAGAGUGUUUCAGAGUGUUUUCAUUGUUGGGGGGAGGGAGGCUGUGUGCGUCCAGGUGAGCUGGCCCCGGGGGCAGUCGUGGGAGCCCACCUGUGUGCCUCAGAAGUCCAAGGCGGGGGAUCUGCUGACCAGUAGACACUCAUGUGCUAAACACAAGUGCUCUUCUAGGCUUUGGGAUUUAAAGCUACACUUUGGAAUUUGUGGAAGAUCUGGCCAUCUUGGAAAAUUAGGUAGAAGAUGACAUAAGGGCUGGACUAAACCACUGAUCAUGCCAGCGGUGCCCACGGCUUUUCUGUUGUUUGUUUUUGUUUUUUUGGAGAUGAGGUCUUGCUGUGUCCCCCAGGUUGGAGUGCAACGGUACAAUCAUAGCUCACUGCAGCCUCGAACUCCUGAGCUCAAGCUAUCUUCCCACCUCAGCCUCCCGAGGAGCUGGGACUAGGCCCUGCUAAUUUUUUUAUUUUUAGUUGAGACAAGGGUCACGCUGCACUGCCCAGGCUGGGUGUAGGUUUUUUGUGAAGAGCAUUUGGGAGUUUUGUUUUUGCUUUGAUACUUUUCCUAUACACUCUUCGACCACUAGGGGGAGAUGAUUAAUCACUAAUCGAAGGGAUUUUGUUCGUUUUUUCUGUUCUGAGUUUUUUUGUUUGUUUUUUUUCAAUAAAGAAGGAGUUUAACUG